UAGUUUACUCCAUAGCUUUAUAACCUCAAACAAUUUUACUUACAAUUUCUAAGAUGGCUUCCUCAAUGCCCUUUGUUGUUUUUUGCCUUGUUUUUGCUUCUUUUCUAUUUAUUUCUUCCGAGGUUUCUGCUCGUGAGCUAGCUGAGACUACUCAAGUAAAAUCUACGGAUGGGUAUCAUGGAGGACACGGUCAUGGUCAUGGCCACGGUCAUGGGCCUAUAGAAGAUGAGAAAGAAGUUAACACUGAAGGUUAUGGUUAUCACCAUGGUCAUGGUCUCCAAGGGAAGGAAGAAGUUAACCGCGAAGGUUAUGGUCAUGGUCAUGGCCACGGACAUGGUCAUGGUCAUGGUCUCUUAGAGAGUGAAGAAGUUAACCCAGAAGGUUAUGGUCGUGGUCACGGCCAUGGACAUGGUCACGGUCAUGGUCUCUUAGAGAGUGAAGAAGUUAACACUGAAGGUUAUGGUCAUGGUCACGGCCACGGACAUGGUCAUGGUCUCUUAGAGAAUAAAGAAGUUAACCCUGAAGGUUAUGGAUAUCAUCAUGGUCAUGGGCAUGGGCAUGGCCAUGGUCAUGGUCUCCUAGAGAAGGAAGAGGUUAACCCUGAAGGUUAUGGAUAUCAUCAUGGUCACGGUCACGGUCAUGGUCAUGGCCUAUCAGAGAAGGAUGAUGUUAACCCUAAAGGUUAUGGUCACGGUCAUGGGCAUGGGCAUGGUCUACUGGAGAAGGAUGAAGUUAACCUUGAAGGUUACGGAUAUCCUCAGGGUCAUGACCAUGGUCAUGGACAUGGACAUGGUCAUUAUCAGCCAAAGAAAGAGGAAAGUAAUGUGAACCCAGAGGGCUAUGGUUAUGGCCAUGGAGGUUAUGGUUACAGUCAUGGAGGUCACGGUCAUGGCCAUGGCCAUGGCGGUCACUAUCCACCAAAGGAACAAAUUAAUAACUGAGUUUAUUAAUGUUCACUGCCCUAUCAUGCAAUUUGAUAUCCGUUUGGUAGGUGUUGUGCUUUAUGCUGGAAAGGAUGCAACAUUUAGUGUACUAUGGUUGCUAUGAAAAUAAUGCGUGUAUAAGUUUUUAAUUCUGUAACAUCCUAAAAUUUUAGUAUGAGAGGGAAGAAAUGAAGACAAAUUGACACAUUUGGUGUCUUGGUGAUGAAGUGACGCUUCUUAAUUAUGUUUUCAGUUGUGUGUAUGUGUUAUGUUUGUUGGAAUUUUAAGUAUUUCAGCUCAUUUUAUCCCCUAUAUAUGCUCUAAUUUUAGUGUA